AACACCGUAUAGAGACUGAAAACACCUUCUCUCCAAAUUCAAACCAAACCAAACCCUAACCAUCUCCGAUCUUCACUCACACCUGAAAAUGCGUGAAAUCCUUCACAUUCAGGGCGGCCAAUGCGGCAACCAGAUCGGAGCCAAGUUCUGGGAGGUCGUAUGCGCCGAACACGGCAUCGAUGUCACCGGAAAGUACACCGGAGACUCCGAGCUCCAGCUCGAGAGAAUCAACGUCUAUUACAACGAAGCUAGCGGCGGAAGGUACGUUCCACGCGCCGUCCUCAUGGAUCUCGAGCCUGGAACUAUGGACAGUCUCAGAUCUGGCGCCUACGGUCAAAUCUUCCGGCCUGAUAACUUCGUUUUUGGCCAGAGUGGUGCUGGUAAUAAUUGGGCCAAAGGUCACUACACUGAAGGCGCUGAGUUGAUUGAUUCCGUUCUCGAUGUUGUUAGGAAGGAGGCGGAGAAUUGUGAUUGCUUGCAAGGUUUUCAGGUGUGCCAUUCUCUAGGAGGUGGGACAGGGUCUGGUAUGGGGACACUUUUGAUAUCAAAGAUUAGGGAAGAAUAUCCUGACAGAAUGAUGAUGACCUUUUCGGUAUUCCCUUCCCCAAAGGUUUCAGAUACCGUUGUUGAACCGUACAACGCCACAUUGUCGGUCCACCAGCUUGUGGAAAAUGCAGAUGAAUGUAUGGUUCUUGAUAAUGAGGCUUUGUACGAUAUCUGCUUCAGGACACUCAAGCUCACAACUCCAAGCUUUGGUGAUCUUAACCAUCUUAUUUCUGCUACCAUGUCCGGAGUUACAUGCUGUUUAAGGUUUCCAGGACAGCUCAAUUCCGAUUUAAGGAAACUUGCUGUAAACUUGAUUCCAUUCCCCCGUCUUCACUUCUUUAUGGUCGGUUUUGCUCCACUCACAUCUCGUGGGUCCCAGCAAUACCGCGCCCUCACUGUUCCAGAGCUGACUCAACAAAUGUGGGAUGCGAAGAACAUGAUGUGUGCUGCCGACCCACGUCACGGGCGGUACUUGACCGCAUCCGCCAUCUACCGUGGAAAGAUGAGCACCAAGGAAGUUGACGAACAGAUGCUAAACGUUCAAAACAAGAACUCGUCUUACUUUGUGGAGUGGAUCCCAAACAAUGUGAAGUCAACCGUUUGUGACAUCCCACCGACUGGUUUGAAAAUGGCGUCUACCUUCAUUGGUAACUCGACGUCUAUUCAAGAAAUGUUUAGGCGUGUGAGUGAGCAGUUUACGGCUAUGUUCAGGAGGAAGGCGUUUUUGCAUUGGUACACUGGUGAAGGAAUGGAUGAGAUGGAGUUCACGGAGGCCGAGAGCAACAUGAAUGAUCUGGUAUCUGAAUAUCAGCAGUAUCAAGAUGCCACCGCUGAUGAGGAGGGAGAGUAUGAGGAAGAAGAGGAGGAAGAGGGAGAUUAUCAGGGUUGAUGAUAUUAUAUUGCACAAGGGGUAUUUGUUGAUGGGGUUUUUGGUUAUUGUAGGUGUAUGUGUGUUUAUACUCUCAACUACCAUUCGAUUGGAUAUGAAAGCAGCAGGGGUUUGGGUUUAGUUUGUGUUUUACAAGAAAGCAUAUGUUUUUGCUAAACGAGUAUGUGUAAUUCUGGUUUUGGAUUAUGAAUAUUAUAUGUUUUUGUGGUUUU